AUGAAAUCGACAGUAUCAAUUUUAAAAGAAAAUGGCAAAGAAGUAAUAUCAAUCUUUUACAAACACAUUUUUGAAGCUCAUUCAGAAUUAUUAAAUUUAUUUAAUCAAAAAACCGGUAUACAAUCAUUAGCUUUAGCAAAUAUAAUUUAUUUUGCUGCUGAAAAUAUUGAUCAAUUGAAAGCACUUAUGCCUCAAAUAUACACUAUUGCACAUAAGCAUCGUGCUCUCACUGUUCAACCAGAACAUUAUUCAAUAGUUGGCAAAUACAUACUUCAAGCUAUUUCAGAAUUCCUAGAUCAUAAAGUAACAUCAGACAUUUUAGAUGCAUGGUCAGCUGCUUACACAGUUAUUGCUAACAUUUUUAUCGAUACAGAAAAGAAAUUAUACGAUGGUAAAACAUACUGUGUUGGUGAUAUAAUCUUAGCAAGCUUACCAGCAGGUGCAUUUGCUGUUGUCCAUGAUGCUAAACAUCAUUUAUGUAUUGUUGGUGGGAUUGGUAUUACUGUUUUAUCAGCAAUGAUUGAAGGUUUAUAUAAACAAGAUAAAUCACAAUCUGUAACAUUGGUUCAUUGUGUACCAGGAAGAAAUUAUGCUGCUUAUAUUGAUCGAAUGAGAAUUUGUGUUCCAGAAAAACAAUAUCACAUUUAUUUUACCAAAGUAGAAAUGUUUUAA